AUGGCGUCACAUUCGGAGUACAAUCAGUACACGACGGCGACAGAGGUCGCAAAGGCGUUCACUGACGGAGUCCGAGGGAAGACAGUGGUCGUCGUCGGAGUAUCGCCUCAAAGUCUAGGCGAAUCGAUGACUACUGCCCUGGCCGCUCAUUCGCCGUCGCUCUUGGUGUUGGCCUCUCGAACCAGGGCAAAAAUAGAGCAGGUGGCUGCCAAGGUCAAGGCCGAUCAUCCGACUGUGCGCCUUGAGAUCGUUGAGGUGGAUCUGUCAUCUCUCGAUUCCAUUCGCAAGGCAUCCAAGGUUAUCAAUAGUUUGGUGGACCGCAUCGACAUCCUCAUCAACAAUGCAGCUGUUGUGAUGACAACGCAUGCGUUCACGAGGGAUGGUCUCGAACUUCAAUUCGGAACGAACCACAUUGGCCCCUUCCUCCUCACAAAUCUUCUCGUGCCCCAACUUCUCAAAGCUGCACAAGGUUCGGCCAAGGGGUCGACCAGAGUCAUCAAUGUUACUAGCCAGGGUCAUAUGAUAUCUCCGAUACGAUUCAGCGACCACAGUUUCCAUAAACGACCUGAAGAAAUCCCGGCCGAGGAGCGGCCAAUGUCAAGGCCAGGUAUGUCCUUUGAUCCUCCUCCUGGGGAGACGUAUGCUCCUUUCGUGGCGUAUGGACAAUCAAAGACUGCAAAUAUCCUCAUGUCACUCUAUCUCAAUCAGCACCUGUCAAGUGCGGGUAUACAAUCGAUUGCGACGCAUCCAGGAUCUAUCUGGACGGAUCUUUCCCGUAAUCUGGACGAGAAGCAUUUGUCGGUGAUCGAGAAGACGGGUGGGUUCUGGAAGGACCUUGACCAGGGCAGCGCAACAACCCUGGUCGCUGCGCUUGACCCCAACCUUGGGGAUCCGGACGUCAUCUAUCUGAGUGACUGCCAGAUUGCGGAGCCUGCAAGUUGGGCAAGCGAUGGAAGAGCGGCUGAGCGACUUUGGAGACUCAGUGAAGACAUUGUUGGGCAGAAGUUUGAUCUGGGUGCGGAGAGCCGACUGUGAGGCGGACCUCCUUCAACUCUGGCCUUCUGCCCAUGGCCAUGGGCGGGUAUGAUGCUCUG